CUGGCACUGACACCAUAGUGAAAUCGGGUAAUGAAACGAUGGGUUGAAACUUGAAAGUGAUCCUCAGCCGUCGAUCAUCAACCAUACAGAACACCCCGAUCCAACGGCCGAUAUCGCAGAAGCCGCCAUUUCCUUCUUCUUGCUGCUGCAGGACGCCACCAUUCUUUGAGUCUUCAGUUCAGCUUCUAAGAAAAGAAUCUCUCAGUAUAUUUAUACGCACAAAAUCUCUUCAUCUUUUCCGUCUUGGAUCUUCCCUCCCUUUCGAUCUUUCUAUGGCCGCCAUUGUUGCUCGGAGGAGAUAUUGAAGAAAGUGUCUUCAAAUAGUUCAUCAUUCGUUCUUUUGUCUAUAAUUUUCCAGAGGAAGGUGAAGAUGCGGUGGACUUGAAGCUCGGUGUUGCCGUUCUUCUGUUCUUCUUUCGGUUUCUUCUAGUGUUCAAGCAGGUUGAGUCGACAUCGUUGAACAAAAAGGGGAAGAAGGAAGACAAAGAAGAGCCUCUUCAAAAUUACGUGACAAAGCGAUACUCACCUCAGAUUGAAGGUUUGUAGGCUGCAAAUAGUUUUUGAUGGAUGAGUAUUCCAGUAGAAGAGUUCACGUGGGAAUUGUUAGUAGAAAGGGACCUGGUGUAGUUUUGAGGGAUAACAUGAAGAACAGGGAUCAUAGUAAUCAUGGCAGCCGACUUGGCUGUACUGGCAGGAUAUGCUCCAGUAGUGGUGCAGAAGUUGGCUGUUCAAGUAAAGCCAGCUCAAAAAGACCAUUCCGCAGCUCAAGUGGCAAAGAAAUUGUUGGAAGUUCCUCAAGGAGUUCUUCAAUCAGAAAUUUCAGGAAAUCCUUUCCAGAUCCAUUUGGAAAGCUUUCGUCUAAGCUUGAAACAGAUUCAUCUGAAGAUGGUAGCAUUCAGGAUGAGUUGGAAGAACUGGAAUUCAUCUCACCUCCUGGAAUGUUCCACACAGUGCUUCAUGUAAAAUCUGAAAGUUCGGUGCCUGCUGAUGCCAUAUUGAUGGAAAGGGGAAGCAGCAGUACGGAUUCCAACACUAAAUCUAGGAGAAACUCAAUUCAAAGAUAUGGAGUGGACAAUCAAGAUACUUCUACAUCAAUGCGAUCUAGAAGUCUUUGCCAGGCAUUAAAUGGUGGUACCAGUAGAUACGUUUCGAGAAACCUCGAAUGUAAUUCAGUAUCUGAGAUAAUUCCACCAGAUAGUUCUUCGAAAGAGCAAAACCUUGUGAGAAGGAAGAAUGUAACAAAGAAGAUGAUUUAUGAUGGUGAGAAUAGUUCCAGUUCUAGAGGAAAGAAGGUGAGUGGCACUUCCUGUGGACAGAAUUGUGGUUACCGUCGUGGCAUCUCUAUUUCUGAUCAAAGACAAGGUCGAAACAUGUUUCACAGACAAAAUGUUCUUUCCUCACUUGGAACUCGAAGUUUGGCAAGUGCAUGUGAUGGGGCGAGCCAUUCUUAUCAAGGAAUUAGUGGUGAUCGGUCGUUGCAGGAUUCACUGAUGACUUCAUGGAUGCCUCAAUCCAACAUCUCUGGUUCCUCGCAUACUUCUAGCUCACUUCAAAGUCGUUCAGAAUCACACUCCAGGCACCACAUGACUUACCCUGAACAUGAGGAUUAUAGUCAAAGUCUACUUGACAUUGGACAAACCACUGCUGCAGAAGGUGGUAUUUCGAGCACUUCGACAAAUCUGAACAGUUUUCGAUGCCGCAACCUUGAUGGCAUUGCAGAGGUACUAUUGGCGUUGGAGAGAAUUGAACAGGAGGAGGAGUUAACUUACGAGCAAGCUAUUCUUCUCGAGACAAGUUUGUUCCUUAGUAGCCUAAACAUCCAUGAUCAGCAUAGAGACAUGAGGCUGGACAUUGAUAACAUGACGUAUGAGGAACUUCUAGAUUUAGAAGAGAGAAUGGGGACAGUGAGCACAGCACUGUCUGAAGAAGCAUUGACAGAAUGCCUUAACAGAAGCAUCUUCCAGUCCAAACCUCAAGGAGGAGAGCUCACGAGUUCUGUCGAGGAUUUGAGCGAUGUCAAAUGUUGUAUUUGUCAGGAAGAAUAUGUGAGUGGAGAUGAAGUUGGGAGACUGCAUUGUGAGCACAAAUAUCAUGUAAAAUGCAUACAACAGUGGCUGAGGUUGAAGAACUGGUGUCCUAUUUGCAAAACAUCAGCACAUCAGCUUCACCCUUUCAAAUGAUAUAGAACCAAAUAAAUCAAAGUUAAAAGCAGAUUAGGAAUCUCUUUAUCUGCAACUUCUUUAUGUUUGUUUGUACAAAAUUCAUCUGUUUCACCUCAAUUUGAUCUACAGACUCCAUCACUUGAUCUGUCUCAACUCUCAAUUGAACUGUGAAUGGAAAUUUAUGUGUUUGGAAAUCAAAGCUGGUCUUUUUUUUCUGUUUGUUUUC